UGUUCUCAUAUCCGCUUCCUCUGAUAUCAGGGUCCUCGUUUGACAGUGUUUAUAUGUUUAUUAUCGCAAACGGUAUUUUUUUAAAUAUACUUUUUGCAGUAAGUCAAACAUUAUACACAAGCUGAAGUAUACUGAGACUCUUCUAAGGGGAUGAUUCCCAGGUUUUGAAUGCGAUGAAAUGACAUCAUCAACAUUACAGAAAGCGAUUGACCUUGUGACAAAAGCCACAGAAGAAGACAAAGCAAAGAACUACGAGGAGGCCCUGAAGCUAUACCAACAUGCUGUGGAGUAUUUCUUGCACGCUAUUAAAUAUGAGGCUCACAGUGAUAAGGCAAAGGAGAGCAUCCGAGCGAAGUGUGUGCAGUAUUUGGACCGAGCGGAGAAGCUGAAGGACUAUUUAAAGAAUAAAGACAAACCAGGGAAGAAACCUGUGAAGGAAUCCCAACAGAAUGACAAAGGUAGUGACAGCGACAGUGAGGGUGAAAACCCAGAAAGGAAGAAACUACAGGAACAGCUGAUGGGUGCCAUUGUAAUGGAGAAACCCAAUGUCAGGUGGAGUGAUGUUGCCGGGUUAGAAGGGGCUAAAGAGGCUCUAAAAGAAGCUGUCAUUUUACCCAUCAAGUUUCCACAUCUAUUUACAGGAAAGCGUACUCCUUGGCGUGGAAUCUUGCUCUUCGGCCCUCCUGGAACUGGGAAAUCUUACCUGGCGAAGGCUGUGGCUACAGAGGCCAAUAAUUCAACAUUCUUCUCUGUGUCCUCUUCCGACCUCAUGUCCAAGUGGCUGGGAGAGAGUGAGAAACUCGUAAAGAACCUUUUUGAAUUGGCACGUCAGCAUAAGCCUUCCAUCAUUUUUAUUGAUGAAGUAGAUUCCUUGUGUGGGUCCAGAAGUGAGAACGAGAGUGAAGCUGCAAGGAGAAUUAAAACUGAAUUUUUAGUACAAAUGCAAGGUGUUGGGAAUAACAAUGAUGGAAUCCUGGUUCUUGGUGCCACAAACAUCCCCUGGGUACUGGAUGCUGCAAUUCGAAGAAGAUUUGAAAAGCGUAUUUAUAUCCCUCUACCAGAGGAACCAGCCCGUGCGCAGAUGUUUAGGCUUCACCUGGGAAACACCCCUCGCAACCUCUCGGAGGCUGAUCUACGAGAGCUGGCUAAAAAGACACAAGGAUACUCCGGAGCUGACAUUAGUGUUAUUGUACGAGACGCGCUCAUGCAGCCUGUGCGCAAAGUACAGUCAGCCACACAUUUUAAAAAGGUUCGUGGUCCAUCCCGAACAAACCCAAACAUGAUUGUGAAUGACCUCUUGACCCCUUGCUCUCCUGGUGACCCCGAAGCGAUUGAGAUGACGUGGAUGGAUGUUCCCAGUGACAAACUCUUAGAGCCCAUCAUUUGCAUGUCGGACAUGCUGCGUUCCCUGACCACCACCAGACCCACAGUAAAUACAGAAGACCUUCUGAAAGUAAAGAAAUUUACAGACGACUUUGGACAGGAGGGUUGAUGGGACAGUUGUAAUAUUAUUUAAAAACAACCUCCCUCACACUACAUAUAUUUAUUUUUAUUUUGUGACUUAACAGAGAGCAAUCUUACAGUCUUUGUUUUACCAUGCAGCUUUUCUAGGGCUCAUUUCUAAGCUGUUUCACAAGAUAGCUCUACAAUUUUAAAGCUUCAAUUUCAGUUUAUUUGACUCUGCAUUCACAGUGUCAUUUUACCGUAAUGGUAAAAGAAUGCCAGCAUGAUUAGAAGGCACGGCGACAAUUGCGACUGCUGCUUUUCAUUAAAACGUAUAUAACAGCUUCUAUAGCUAAAACUAAUGGAAACAUGUCUACUUCCCAUGGACAGCUGCCCUUUAGAAAGGCUACAGGUGAAGGCUUUUAUUGUUCCUUUAAACUGAACAUCUAUAUUUAAACUGUUUUCUGAUAGAAAAAAAUAAAAUGUGGUUGAGAAUUUGUGUUUUGGUGGGACUUGCAUUGAAUUUACAGUGCAUUAGCUGUAUAAUGUAUAAAUCAAAUGAUUUUACUGAGUUAAAGUUCAGGUCCAAAAUCUGGAGACAUUAAGAGCUGGUUUUACUUAAGUUAUAAUUUGAUGUGUGUUUGAGUUAUGUUAAUAGUUUCAGCAGAAGGCUACUGCUGAUGUAUUGCCCAGUCAGUUAAGCAUUGCUAUCAAGUUGAGCUAAUGCUGUUUAUAUUGUGUUUUACUUCCUGUGCCUUGUAUUGAGCACUUUACAGUAAUUUGUGCUGUUAUCUUAAGGCAGCUUUAUGUACUGUAUGCUAUAUGGAUAACUUGAACAGAAUACCCUUAUGCAGUUAUUGCUAGGGAAAUUUAUCCAACUUAAAUGUUCUUAUUUUGAACACAUCCAUUGCAUUUUUAUUUAAUUAGAACACUGGCUCUAAUGGCAUCUUAACUUUGUAAUACUCUGAACAUCCUAAGCCAAGGCAGAAAUCAAAUUUAAAAUGAAGCUCCAGGAUUAACUGUUUUUAAUGUGGCCUGUUUUAGUUCACGUGCUGUGUGGAUGAUUGACCCGCUGUACAACAUUACAAUUAAACUCAUGUAUUAAACCUUUCUAAGGUGUUUUACACAAGCUAAACUUGACCAAUAAACUCAUACAAAUG